CCUAAGGGCACCACCCUGUGGCGUCACGUGCUCGCCGUCGGCCAAUGGCAGGCUCCCGAGCCCACCUUGGGGACGGGGCGGGGCGCCCAGCUGGCGUCACCAGGACAACGGGCGUUGCCGGCGCCGUGUGACUCGGGGCUGUGGGCGCGCUGGCGGCUCUCCGGCCAUGGUUUUCUCAAAUAAUGAUGAAGGCCUUAUUAACAAAAAGUUACCAAAAGAACUUCUUUUAAGAAUAUUUUCCUUCUUGGAUAUAGUAACUUUGUGCCGAUGUGCACAGAUUUCCAAGGCUUGGAACAUCUUAGCCCUGGAUGGAAGCAACUGGCAAAGAAUAGACCUUUUUAACUUUCAAACAGAUGUAGAGGGUCGAGUGGUGGAAAACAUCUCCAAGCGCUGUGGCGGGUUCCUGCGGAAGCUCAGCUUGCGAGGCUGCAUUGGUGUUGGGGAUUCCUCCCUGAAGACCUUUGCACAGAACUGCCGAAACAUCGAGCACUUAAACCUCAAUGGGUGCACAAAAAUCACUGACAGCACGUGUUACAGCCUUAGCAGAUUCUGCGCCAAGCUGAAACAUCUGGAUCUGACCUCCUGUGUGUCCAUCACCAACAGCUCCUUAAAGGGCAUCAGCGAGGGCUGCCGGAACCUGGAGUACCUGAACCUCUCGUGGUGUGAUCAGAUCACGAAGGAUGGCAUCGAGGCCCUGGUGCGCGGCUGCCGAGGCCUGAAGGCCCUGCUCCUGCGGGGCUGCACGCAGUUAGAAGACGAAGCUCUAAAACACAUUCAGAACUACUGCCAUGAGCUCGUGAGCCUCAACCUCCAGUCCUGCCCACGCAUUACGGACGAAGGCGUGGUACAGAUCUGCAGGGGCUGCCCCCGGCUGCAGGCCCUCUGCCUUUCUGGCUGCAGCAACCUCACGGACACCUCUCUCACAGCCCUGGCGUUGAACUGCCCGAGACUUCAGAUUUUGGAGGCUGCCCGGUGUUCCCAUUUGACCGAUGCAGGCUUUACACUCUUAGCUCGGAAUUGCCAUGACCUCGAGAAGAUGGAUCUGGAAGAAUGUGUCCUGAUAACCGACAGCACGCUCAUCCAGCUCUCCAUUCACUGUCCUAACCUGCAAGCCCUGAGCCUGUCCCACUGUGAGCUCAUCACAGAUGAUGGAAUCCUGCACCUGAGCAAUAGCACCUGUGGCCAUGAGAGGCUGCAAGUACUGGAAUUGGACAACUGCCUCCUCAUCACCGACGUGGCCCUGGAGCACCUGGAGCACUGCCGUGGCCUGGAGCGCCUGGAGCUGUAUGACUGCCAGCAGGUUACCCGCGCGGGCAUCAAGCGGAUGCGGGCUCAGCUCCCUCAUGUCAAAGUCCAUGCCUACUUUGCACCCGUCACACCACCGACAGCAGUGGGAGGAAGUGGCCAUCGGCUGUGCAGGUGUUGUGUCAUUCUCUGACAGCAGCUGCAGGGCCCAACACAGAGAAGACCCAAGUCUUCCCUACCUUCUCCACGGUCACCGAAAUCUGUUGAGUCUCCAUUGGGAAAGGUAUUUACAGGUAAAAGACUUCUGUAGGGAUUGCAGUAACUUUGGCGAUAGUUUUGACUUUAGUCUGCUGCGAUACAAUCAAAUCAAAGCCUUGUCAGUAAACACACAGCAAGAGUGGCUUCAGUGCAGCCAGGAUCCUGCAAGAAACCUGAUUUUUUAACAAGGUGGGUUUACCUUCUUAGGGACAAGAGUUCUGUCCUCCGCUUUGUCAGCAUUCCUCAGACCAUCAGUGUUAGCACAAAUGGAGCAGAAAAACCAAGCUAUUGAUUUUCUACCUGAUACUUAAGAUAGUGGCCUACUUUAAUUCACAACAAUUCCAUUUUGAUUAGCAGGGCUUUUCCACUUUGACGCACCUUUAUCAAAGUGACUGUACUGCAAAUUCGUAAUACCUAAUAGUUUUGUAUGUGGAAGGCAUGUUGUUAAGUUUCUGAGACACCAAAGAAAUGAGGACUCUACACUGGGUGAAGCAGGGUCUUCACCUAUUUCUGUCAACUUGGGGGACCAAACAAAACAGUCAACCCUGAGUUCAAGUUGCCCGAUUGGAAAUUAUAAGCUCUUGUGUACACUAUAGCACACAGUUUUAUUAUAGGAGAAAAGCUAAUGUCAUAUCUCACAAAACUUGGGGGACCUUAAAGCAAUAGAAUUGAAUAAGGCUUAAGAAAUAAUGAAUUAAAAAUAAUGAAUGGAUGCAUGUAGAAUGGGUGUAAUUUUUUCCAACUUUAUUUUAAAAUCUUAGAAAUCAAGUUACACCAGAACUAGUCAAAAGUUUUAUACAUUUAAAACUCAGAUCAGUCAAGUGUUGGCACCUUUUAGACUCAAAAUAUAAAAAUGAAUAAACCAUUUCAAUGCUUAAGUCAGGGUUUUAUUGCUAUAAUCUAUGGCAGGUAAAUCUGAGCAAAACCACUUUCCAAAUUCAAGGCCUUCCUAAUGUUAUCUAAGCAUCUGAUAAGAUGAUCUAGUUUCUGCCUGUGCUGUCCACAUUUGUGAUCUUUAUUAAUUAAAAUUAGGAACCCACCACAACCCUUCCUAGCAACCACUCCUGGACUGGAGUCCAGAGCUUGUGAGAAGCAUAAGUGAAACGGCAAACAAGGUGUUCUUUUCCCAUUACUAGCAGUACUUCUAGGUGGGCAGUUUUAGAGGUAUUCAGGACACAAUGCCUCAGCUGCUUCUAGGGAGAGAGGGCAUAUACACAGAACCCCAUAAAUCGAUUUAACGGGAUUACCAGAAUAAGCAUUCAAGAGUUGAUGAUUUUAUUGCUUUAUGAUAAACUCUGGUAUUCACAGGUCUAAAAAUUGUGUAUACCACAGUAGUUAUUUAAAUAUACAUUUGCAACACCGUGUAGGGGAGAAAUGACUGAUGCUAUUUAAAUAAAACAAAACAUAUACCACAGACCUGCUUCAGUGAUUAUGAAUUACAGUUUCUAUUUUAUGUAAAUGGGCCUUCUAUACAUUAUCUAUCACAGCUACUUUACUCAAUGACCCAUUUAUUAAACAGGAGAACCUCUAAUAAGAAAAGUAAGUUACUAGAAUAACAUUACCUCUCAGUUGCAGCAGCUUUGAGAAAACCACCUGGGUCUCAACUUAUAACAUUUGGACUGGUGUGUCCUCAGAACAUACAUGUGGAGCCUCUCUCUUCUGUGACACUGGCAGGAACUGGGAUUUUAAAUGACACACACACUUGCAAAACAAUCAGAAAACAUUUAUUAUACAGAAAUGUAUACAUCCUACUAUUAAAAAAAAAACAAAGUAGCAAAUCUGCUGGUGCCAUAAUUUAACUUGUUUCACUGGGACAGACUAAUGCUCAAUACCACUUGGUGUGUGAUUUCAAGUUUGAUGAGCUUUUAACUUUUUUACCCCACUUCUAAAACCCUAUGAGGAAUUCAGAAUAGCACACAGCAUUGAAUGACAUUUAUUGUUCCAUAAAUCUUGAGACUCAAAAAGGAAUGCUAAAUCGACAAGCAAAACUAAAACAAUAGAAACUCUCUUCUUUCCCAAGUGAUUGGUACAGAAAACAUGUGCUCAUACAUAAGCAAAGGGAACAUGACAGAAAGGAAGGCUCUCCUGCUUUAUGGCCUAUAAGAGUUACAGAUAUUUUAAAACCAAAGAUGGAAACAGACACAGUGCUUCUUUGUAUCAGACACCCCCCACUCCCUUAAGUAGUUCAUCUUCUGGGAAAGAUUUUAAAUUCAAAAUGACUCAUUCCUAUUUCUGCCCAAAGAAAAGGAGCAAAUACAUUCAAGACACCUGGGUAAAUGGACAGAGUUGCUAUAAUUAAAAUGGAAUUGAAUUUUAAAAACAAGUUGGGUGUGCUACACCACAGGCCUCAACAAUUCUUGCUGAGGAAUUUUGGGAAAAGCUUUAAAGAGUAGGAAAAAUUGCAAAAACAGUGGGUUCUCUUUGAUAAGUACACUGGCUGACAAGAAGUUGGUUUUGUGAAAAAAGACAAAUUUUUUAUAGAAAAACUAUAUGUGGUGUAUAAAAAGGCCUCUAAAUAAUCACCAGAAUGUUUACUCAUGAUUGUACCAAAGCUCAAUAUUUGAGAAGUGUAAGGAGUUUACAUGAUACAAUUUAGUGUUUGAUUUAUGAUGUCUAGUGUUCCAAGAAUAAUUUCAGCUUGUUGAUAAAGACUCCUUGACACCAUGUCAGAACCUAUACUUUUUCUCCUGCUUACCUAUUUCCAAUGUCUGGGGUCGGGCUUUAAAAAUGUUUAAGAGGAUCGUGUGGGGAUGAGUUGGGAAGGGCAGUCGAAGACAGAGGGAUGGAGGAAAAAGAAAGAAAACCACUUAAUUUUUAAAAGGCAAUGGGGCUUGAAAAUGAAAACCAGAAAUAAAAUGCUAAAAAUGGAAGCAGAAGCAAAAGUUUGUCAAUAAAUCUGUGACAAAGCAAAAACACAAAGUCUUUGUACCUAUUAGGAUUUACACUGAUCCUCUCACCAAGGUACUCUUGAUAAUGCAGCUCGCUUCCAGCCCGUCUUCCUGCUUGGCUCGUCCCAAUCUGGCAUGAUCACGUGAGACGCACACCCUUAGACACGCUUCUUCCGAGAAGUGCCAAGCCUCUUACCUGACCACCAGUCACUGUAUCAGCACAUCGCAUCUCUGCAGACAGGCUCCCUGCUGGCUCCACAACAGCACUGUCCCAGUCCAGGUCAGCAGGAGGUUCAGGCCAAACUGGCACAGAAAGGUAAAUGCCCACAGUAGGUUUUUACAUUCAUCUCCAAACCACAUACAGUGUAAAAAGACAGCCAGGGCUGCUUUGAGGAACUCUUCUCUACUGGCCUCUGCUAGAGAGGCAGGCAGCCCAGCCUGCCCCGCGGCCCCAGAGCAGCGUGCUGUCCCGACGUGCUCACUCUCACGAGGAUGCUUGGCUAUGGCAGUGACAGUGAGGAGAGUCGCCUCUCACACAGCUCAUUAGAAAGGUCAUCUUGUGUUUUCAAUAUGAAACAUUCAUACAGUAAAAUCCAAUCCCAAGACUUCUUGGAUUCAGUCUUCACACACUUUUAAGCGUGACUUUAUUUGGUAAUGAAUAUAGUUCAGACUAUAUAAGAAAUCACUUCAAAAUUAUGUGGAUACCACCACUAUUUUCAACUG